AUGGACCUGAUGAGGUUGUCACUCUUGCUGUGUUUGGCUGCCCAGGCUCUGACGAGACCGAUGGAAAGACAUCAGGACCAGGAUGACUCUGCCUCUGACCAGGACCCCUUUAUAUUUCAAGUCAUUGAGACUGCAAAUGAAGAAAGUCCUGUAGUACUGAAAGAGAUGGAUAUUUUAGUUGACACCUACCGUAACGCUAGAAUAUGUAGAACCUGCACGUGGCCGAAGAACAGCAAUGGAACUGUCCAAGUACCGUACACCAUAGUUCCUCGGUCCUACUCCCCCUCAGAUAUAUCUCUGAUUAAUCAGGCCUUGAGCGAAUUUGAAGUCAUGACCUGCGUGCAGUUUGUAAACCGGACCACGGAGUCAGACUAUCUCAGUAUAGUAUCACAGUCUGGAUCAGGUUGCUGGUCUUACAUUGGAAGAAUUUUCGGCAAACAGACUGUAAGCCUCGAAAGUUCAAGCUGCAUGACGUACGGAGUAAUUCAACAUGAAGCUAUGCAUAAUAUUGGUUUCUUCCAUGAACAUACAAGAGUUGACCGGGAUAACUACAUUGACAUCAUGUGGGACAACAUAGACCAAGAUAACUGGGGUGAUUUCAACAUCGUUCAAGCGAACACUCUGAACCUUCCUUACGAUUAUACAUCAGUGAUGCAUUAUUAUAGGUAUGCUUAUGCCGAGACAUCGACAUUGCCUUCUAUAGUCCCAAAACUUGACCCUACUGUGCCUAUUGGACAGAGACUAGGGUUGAGUUCUCUGGAUGUGAUGAAAGUUAAUGCCUACUAUAACUGCAACCUUUGUAGGAGAAAGCUGGUGACGGCCUCAGGAUCUCUUUCCGGAAACAGCUCUUCUGAAAACCAAAGUGGUGGAAACUGCCUGUGGCUCAUUCAUGUUCCAGGCAAGAAGGUUUCAUUGCAGGUUACCUCUCUUAACAUCUCUUCUACUGACUAUAUUAAAGUCUAUGAUGGGAUGUUAAAGACAUCACCUGUCUUAUUGGGGAUGACCUACGGAUCUGGACCAAUCUCAACCCUGGUUUCAUCUGGGUGCAACAUGCUUGUAGAGUUUGUGAGCAUGGCCAAUUCCAAAUUCAGUAACUUUAAUGCCACAUAUUCAACAGUGCCUUGA